GAUUGGUCCGGGGACGAAGACAGGAAUCAGACAGGCGCUUUGAUGUGAAGAAGGAGCCGCAGUGUGUGCGCGAGAGGCCAAAACACACCAUGUUCGUUACCAAGCGUGUGAGGACGGGCAGCCGAUGAUGCUAGCUCUACCAUGGGCAGUGUCACUCUCCGCUACUUCUGCUAUGGCUGCCUCUUCACGUCGCUGACGUGGUCCAUCCUGCUCUUCCUCUACUUCAGCCUGAGUCAGGAGAGCCGCCUGUCCUCCAGCCAUGUGCCCAUCCAGGGGGCGCAGCACCGCUUCCAGCCCCGCUUCACACGCCGCCCCGCCCCGCUCAACAAAGCACACGGACACGACGGUCGCCACGGCGACCUCUCACCCGAGAUGGGAAUGAUUUAUAAUGAGAAGGAUCAGGAAGUGAGGGACACGGGGUACCACAGACACGCCUUCAACGUCCUCAUCAGUAACAGGAUUGGAUACCACCGUGACCUGCCCGAUACCAGGAAUGAAAAGUGUAAAGCAAAGACGUAUCCGUUAGACCUACAGACGGCCAGCGUGGUCAUCUGCUUCUUUAACGAGGCGUUCUCGGCCCUGCUCAGGACCGUGCACAGCGUCCUGGACCGGACGCCCAGUUACCUUCUGCACGAGAUCAUACUGGUGGACGACAACAGUGAGCUAGAUGACCUGAAGCAGGAUUUGGAUGUGUACUUACACAGUAACCUGCCAGACAAAGUGAAGUUGGUGCGCAAUAAGAGGAGAGAAGGACUGAUCAGGGGAAGGAUGAUCGGAGCCUCUCAUGCUACAGGUGAGGUCUUGGUGUUCCUGGACAGUCACUGUGAGGUGAACGAGGCGUGGCUGCAGCCGUUGCUGAGCCCGAUUAAAGAAAACCGGCGCACAGUGGUGUGUCCCGUCAUUGACAUCAUCAGCGCAGACACGCUGCUCUACAGCCCCUCUCCCAUCGUCAGGGGGGGCUUUAACUGGGGGCUGCACUUUAAAUGGGAUCCUGUUCCUGUAUCAGAGCUCAACAACCCCAGCGGCGCCAUCAGGUCACCUACAAUGGCCGGGGGUCUGUUCGCAAUGGACCGAGAAUACUUCAACGAGCUCGGACAGUACGACAGCGGCAUGGACAUCUGGGGAGGAGAAAACCUGGAGAUCUCAUUCAGAAUCUGGAUGUGUGGAGGUCAGCUCCUGAUCAUGCCCUGCUCCAGAGUGGGCCACAUUUUCCGUAAGCGGCGACCGUACGGCUCACCGGGAGGACAGGACACGAUGGCACGGAAUUCCCUGCGCCUGGCCCACGUCUGGAUGGACGAGUACAAGGAGCAGUACUUUGCUCUGCGCCCUGAGCUCAGAAACCGUGACUUCGGGGACAUCAGUGACCGUGUGGCCCUGCGCAAGCGCCUGCAGUGUCACACCUUUAAAUGGUAUCUUGAUCAGGUUUACCCAGAAAUGCAGCUGUCUUCACCUCAGAAUAAAGCACAGCCUCCUGUCUUCUUUAACCGUGGUGUCAAGAGGCCCAAAGUGCUGCAACGGGGCCGGCUGCGAAACCUGCUGGCUGAGAAGUGUUUGGUGGCUCAGGGGCGUCCCAGUCAGAAAGGCGGCACUGUCGUGGUGAGACCCUGCGAUCCUCAGGACCCUGAACAGGAGUGGACGUAUGAUGAGGAGCAUGAGCUGAUCCUGGCCGGCUUGCUGUGUCUGGACAUGUCAGAGAUUCGCUCGUCCGAUCCUCCUCGCCUCAUGAAGUGUCACGGCUCGGGCGGCUCUCAGCAGUGGAGUCUCGGGAAGAACAGUCGUCUGUACCAGGUGUCAGUCGGUCAGUGCCUGGCCGUCCUCGACCCACUCAGCCAUAAGGGUUAUGUUGCCAUGGCGAUCUGCGACGGCACAGAGGGUCAGCGGUGGCAGCUAGAGGGAUGAACUAAAAGCUGAUAAGGGGCAGAAAAACUGACCAAUGAGCACGCAGCACAUAUUCCAUCAUCAAUAUGGCUGAAAGAGCAGAUUUCAGAUAAUCACAACAAUGAGCUCGUACAGUCAAGUGUUCACUCUUUUGAGACGUGUCUCUCUCUCUCUCUCCCUUUCUCCCCCCCUCUCUCUCUCCCUCUCCCCCUCUCUCUCCCUCUCCCCCUCUCUCUCCCUCUCCCCUCUCUCUUUCUCUCCCUCUCCCCCUCUCUCUUUCUCUCCCUCCCUCUCUCGCUCUCUCACCCUCUCCCCCCCUCUCUCUCUCACCCUCUCUCUCCCUCCCCCUCUCCUCCCUUUCUCUCCCCCCCCUCCCCCUCUCUCUCUUUCUCACCCUCUCCCUCCCCCCUCUCUCUUUCUCUCCCUCCCUCUCCCCCCUCUCUCUCUCACCCUCUCCCCCUCUCUCUCUCUCUCUCUCUCUCUCUCCGUAUUCUACAACUUCAUUGGAAGUCCUUUUUUUAUUUAUAAUUUUAAGCAGCUUGAUGAAAUCUUAACCUGUUUGCACAGUGAUUUUUGCAGAGACAAUUCAGAAAUGUAAACCUAGACGUUAUCGUGGAUCGACUCACCGUACUGAUCUGUACGAUUUUUGUUUAGAUUUGUGUACUUUGAUAUUAAUUUCAAUUCUACCGAGGGGGCUUUUUGCUUCAUCGUUUAUUUUCUUUGAAGCAUAGGAAAAGGAGUAACAGUGGUGUUAAACAUCUGAGUUCUGUUUCAUUUGAUUUUUUUUAUUUUUAUUGCAGUACAGAAUUAUUCUUUAGGUCUUUAGAGUGCUGUUAGAAAUUGAUAAAGGUCAAAAAGAAAUGCAGGUCAGGCUAGGCUUGUGCGAUGGUGCAUUUUUUACUGGUUUGUUUUUUCCUCUGAAGGUUUGGGGGGGGGGGAAACCUUAUGCCUUGCAGAAUGGUGUUGUAUAAUAAAAUAAUAAAAGCAUUUGUGCAGUCAGGAAUUGCAGCAAACUAAAAAAUAUUUGAAGUUUUGAGCAGUAAAAUUACUCGUUUAAUGACUGACAUUUCCUCUAUUCAUCUGCUCAUCAAAUUAUAUGAGCAAAAAAAAACAAUUUAAUCCAUUUUUCUAGUAAACUCCUGUAAAAUCAGAUUAGAUUUUAAUUUGAUUUUAUUUCUUGUUAAUAAUCUCUAAACAGUAUCUAUUUUACCAUAACAGAAUUUGGGUGAGAUGAUGGAGGAUACAGCGUCAUGAAUCAAUACAAAUAUGAUUCAUUUCAGAUAGGAAUCGUUACAAAUAUGAUUCAUUUCAGAUACAAAUCAUAAAUAUGAUUCUUUUCAGAUAGGAAUCAUUACAAAUAUGAUUCCGAUACAAAUCAUAAAUAUGAUUAAUUUCAGAUAGGAAUCAUUACAAAUAUGAUUCAUUUCAGAUACAAAUCAUAAAUAUCAUUCAUUUCAGAUAGGAAUCAUUACACAUAUGAUUCAUAGGAAUCAUUUCAGAUAGGAAUCAUUUCAGAUCUGAUUCAUCUACUGGUUUAUCUUAAGAAAACAUCUUUUGGGUAUAUUUCUAUAAGUGAAUGGUUAAAAGUCAGCAGGUCUGGUAAUAAUAGUGUUAAUAUAAGAAGCAUAAAUGUCAGAGGAUGUCAUAGGGAUGAUUGUCAUUACAUCGCACAAGCCUAGGGUUAAACCACAGACACAACCAGUCAUGUAGAGAUGACAGCAGCUGAAGUCUGAAGUAUGUCAGGACUGAGGGGGGAAAAGUUGAUGUAAAAGUCUGAUUUCUUUUCGUUGCUGGUCACAGAACCAAGCAGAUUCAUUAAAAAUAUUACAUGAGGCUAUAAAGUCUAAAAUACACACAGUGGGGUUAUAAACAGUCCUGAGCACACUUCUACUAUGUAGGUAUGGUCAGUCUUAUAUAUUUUUUGUUUUUAUUAUGCUGUGAAAGUAAACGGUUUGAUUUGAAUUAUGAAGUGCUGUUUUCAUAUCCUCUGUUCUGUUGGUACCAAUUAAAUAAAAUCAAAAUGUGAUCCUUUA